GUUCUAGUAUCGUGCCGAUGGUAGACUGUCGCUGCUGGCCCCAAGGCCUGUCUCCAUCAUUUUUUAUUAUUUUUUCUUCCUCAAAAUAUUAAUUUACAAAUAAGUGCCUCCGCGUCUAAAUUCUUUGGCGUGACUUCGUUGCUGAGCGAAAGCGUUUUUCACUAUUUUUCAUCGGCUUAUCGAUCGUUUUCUUGCCUUUUUUUCUAUCUAGUUUUUUUAUUCUUUUUCUCAACUCUAAAUUGUUCGGCCAAAUUUACUCUCCGAAAGACUCGAGUCUGUGCUUGUGACUGUGUGCAAUUGUGUGAGUUUUUGUAACUCGCGCCGUGCUAUAUUCGUCCCUCUCUCUCUCUCUCUCGCUCGCUCGCUCGCUCGCUCUUACUCGCGCGUUUCGCCACACGCUGCCCUCAGAGACAGAAACAAGCGAUAUCGCACUACGUCAUCGGCAAAAAAAAUGUAAAUCCUCCGAUUUUACGAACGCAGACAAUCACGAGAUGGAAUCGCCUCCGGGCCAGCAAAGCUCCCAGGUCGUCGCCGUGGCUCACGAGGAUUCCAACUCGACAAAGGACCGAGAUCCUGCCACCUCGUCCGAAUCAAGAACGGCUGAAAGAAGUGUGCCAAACGCCGAAAAUAAUGGAACGGUGCGAAAUGAAACUGACGUCGUUCAAGAUGUGCCGGUUAAAUUAAACCAGCCGGACUUGACUUAUUUGGAAAUAAGCUCCAGGCUCGGCCACGAAGGAGUCGACGACUCGGCAGCUACGUCCGAAAACCCCGUACCAGGAAGCUCCGAGGAAACGGCCGAACAAGCGAGUAACCCUGGGAAAACGAGUGGGAACGAGGAACAAACGAACUCAUCGAUGGACACCUUCGUCGGGAACAAAGUCCUUGAUGACAUCGAGAGCGUCAUGUACGACGAUAAUUUGUUCAGUGAUGAAGCCCUCGCAGCUUGCUUGAGCUCAUCGACGCCGUCCAGGAAAAGACAACCUGGUGACUUCCUGCCUCCCAAUGCCGAGAUCAAGAGAAUCGGGGUUGAGAUAUCUGAGGAACAUGCGAAACAGCUUAAAAACGAUGUGAGGAGAUUGUCCCCCGUGCUGGUGAGCCUGCGAGAACGCACUCUCGGUGAAAUAUCGUUGAGCUCGGAUUCCAGGCUCUUCGAAGGUGGAGAAGAGUCCAGGAAGCUGGAGACGGUUGGAGGAAUCGCAGAACCAGCCGAGUCGGUUAAUGACCCUGAGGAAGGUGUUCCGGCUUCCAGUGUCGAUUCGAUCCCUCCGGAAGUCGCACCUGGGGAAAGUUGCUCGAGCAGUGAUUCUCCCAGUGCAGAAAGUGUUCCCUCAUCUUCGUUUACGAAUCAAGCGAGUCGUGGAAAAACAGUCGCUGCGGAUGUGGCUGACUGCUGGACGGCAGACCCCCGGGUCGUCGACGAGCAUCCACAAGGAGUUGGCGCAGCUCUGGAAAACCCGAGUUCUCCAGUUGCCAGGAGCGAGUUGCGCGGAGCUAGCACACCGAAUCAAAGAUCGAACGUCCAGCGAGAACUGCUGAUCGUUCUGUCCCGGGUGGAUCACGGGAGUCCGGAAACCGGUGGGCGAAUCCGGAUGCCCACGCUCCAGGAAACCGGCAGUCCGAGGAGCGCUGAAAGCGAAGCUGAUUCGAGUACUCCAGGCAAGUCGGUCGAGGCGAGACUCCGGGAAACGCUGAUUAGUGCAGUGAAGAGUGACGAUGGUGAGCCAGCGACCGAGUUGGUUGCCGAGUCUCCGGUUGCCGGGGAUCGGCAAGAUAUUCUGGAUGAGAAGGAAGUGGACAAAGGUGCCGAGGAAACCGGUGGGGAAAAGAAUGCAACGGGCAGCUCUGCGGCGACGAUCCUCGUCGCCGGUGACUUUUGUCUGUCCCCCAAGUACCAUGACAACGAUCAGUUGAGACGUAAAAGUCCCAAAGUCGUGCUCGAACGGACCCUCGAAGACGGGACGUCGCCGAGGAGCGUCACCGGGAACGAGAAACUCGAGGACAGCGAAGAGAGCCUGCUACGAGCUAAUCUUGAUCGAGUCCGAAGGACCCUGGAGAGCAGUAUGAACGGCGACGAGGACGAGGAGGAGGACGACGAGGACGAUGCAUCCUUGACUGAUCCGCUGGCGAUAAACGAGGAAAAUGCUGGAGUUGCGCCAUCCGAUCGGGUCACCGGCGUUGCGGUCGACCUUCAAGAGUCACUGGACACUGAGACCGAGACCGAAACCGGUUCGGACAACUCCGAAAUCGUCUCUAUUGCUUCGCUCCAAUCGCGCGAUUGCCUCAUCGAACCUACCAACGACGGAUCAACCUGUCCGGAAACGGAUUCCGUUGUGUCCGAUGAAGCGCCGAGGGACAUCAUAACGAGGCUCGAGCCAGAACGGCCCGAGGCAUUCACCGAGGAUUCCGCUGAAAGCCUCGCACUCGCGACCGGUGCUAGGGAUGAAGUUCGCUCGGACGGAAGUGACUCUGGAUUGGGGAGCGAAAUCCCGGGGGAUCCUGGCACGGCUCCGGCGCCUGAAAGCGACUCUGAAACCUCUUUUCUCGACCGUAUUCCGGACGACAUACUCUCCGACAAGGACAAAGCAGUCAAUUCCCUGGAGGCUUUUGCGCCGGAUCCUGGUACAUCCGGGAGCCAACAGGAGCACCAGGAGAUUCAUCAACAGCCCCAAUUACCACUGCCGAACUUUCCUAAUCCGCCUAAAAGCAGCCUCAAAAGGAGGCUCACCGAUUGCAUGGAAGGAGAACCAAGCCCCAAGAGAAUAAACGUUGACGAACCUGUCAGAAAGAAGCGUAACAUUCAGUUCGAUGCUGUCACCGUUUACUACUUUCCGAGAGCCCAAGGCUUCACGUGUGUGCCUUCUCAGGGUGGCAGUACACUGGGAAUGAGUGCAACGCAUACCCACGCAGAGAGGUUUUCCCUGACGGAGCAUGCCGCCGAGCAGCGACGUCUUCAUCGGGCGAGGCUAGCGCAGCUGCGAUCAGAAAGGGCUGCCAAUUGCGGCACCGAGGCGGCCUCCAGUUCGGAGGAUCCGAGCGACGACACCGAUGAGGAACCGAGCGACACGGAAGAACUGGACAUUGACAGUUACUAUUUCUUGCAACCAGUGCCAACGUGGCAGCGAAGGGCUCUGCUCAGAGCAGCUGGAGUCAGGAGGAUAGACGCCGUCGAGAAGGACGAUUGUCGUGACAUCAGAGCCAGCCGGGAACACUGCGGAUGUGGAUGCAAAGGGUACUGCGAUCCGGAAAGCUGCCCUUGCUCCAGGGCCAAUGUCAAGUGCCAGGUCGACCGCGCUGGUUUCCCCUGCGGCUGUUCCCGGGAUGGUUGCGCCAACAGCUCGGGUAGGAUCGAGUUCAACCCCGUUCGAGUCCGCACCCACUUCAUCCACACCCUGAUGCGUCUGCAGCUGGAGAAAAAGCAGCGGGAAGAGGAGCGCUCGGAUCACGAGCUCCUGGUGAACCAGGUCGGCCGCGCCCCGAUGAGAGAAGUUCCAGGCAUGAUGGGCACUCCUCUCGGCCAAAUGGAGCAUCCUAACAUCAUAACCGGCGAUCCAGUCUCCUGCGUCAACGCCGGUGGCUUCACCACCCUCCACUACGACGGCCAUGAUCCAACCUCCAACUCCUGCCCUCCUGGGAUCGUUCAUCCCGUCAGGGAAGACAGUCUUGAUCUCUACGCGAUACGCGACGAUUGCUAUCCACCUGACGACGUCGACGGCGGGCCAAACGCCGACCGGAAGUUACACCCCGAGUUCGGACAAGCUUUCCAAACCUUUCCUGGCCAACAACCUGCUGUCAAUUUUCCACAAGGUGCUUACCAGGACUACCAAGGAUACCAGGGCCUCGCAUCCACCUCCAGGUCGCAGUUUCAACCUCAGUUCCAAACUGUAUCAUCAGCUAACCCGACCUUCGGCCACUACAACUACCCCCCAGACCCAGGUGCUAUUCAACCACCCUGCCAGACACACCCAGCCGUUUCGACUCAUCAUCCCUCCGUAUACGACACCGGAUUCCCUCAAGAGGAACCACCUGAAAGCCAACAGCACUACACCAAUCUCAAUUCCGUUCAACCAAUCAAUUCGGUCGUUCAACAAAUGGGCAAAUUAGAACCUUUCUCCGAACUCCUCGCCGGCAGAUACUCGUACUACGGUGACCCAGGACCCCAACCCAUUCCAGUCGGUUACCACACCAAUCCUGCCACGAAAAUCGAAGCUGACAAAAGCCAGAUCCCUGUCCAACAGCCAGUUGACACUAGCGUGGAUGAUUGCGACGAGAAUUUCGGUGAAAUCAUCAAGAAAUCCAUGGUCGAAACUGUCUCGGCUUGAAAUUAAGGCGCAAAAGUACACACGGUGCAACACUUUUAUUAAGGGCUUCCCAGCGAGGGUCGCGAAUACCGUGGACUUGGCUUCUGCGACGAAUUCCCAGUCGAUCAGGACUGCUCGAGUUUUUUCAACGGAAACUCCCUUCUCUGCAAUCGCUGAACUCCAACGUUCGACCGAUCAGCGACCCAUGACGUCUCGCUGUUCGCUGAUUGGUCCAACUUCCAUUGAGGAUAACUCGCCAGGGAAGGCUCCUAUGAUAAAACGGCAAGAGACUUUUCGACUUGGAAUUCAAUCCUGAAGAUAAUUUUAAGGGUUGAACUCCCUAGCUGAGAAUUCCUGUAGGAUACGCAAACACAAAACACACAAAAAUCUUUAAAGUGGAGGCAGAGGUACCUGAUGAUCGAGCCGAUCGUAGGGUCUCUCGAUAUUUCAAUUCGCGAAUUAAUAUUAAUUAUUAUCAUUAACGGGACAAGUUGGAGGGCCGGGAAGGAAACGGUGACGUCCCGAGGAUCAAGCUUGGGCAUCGUUGAGAUCAAUGUAGCUAAACGAACGAUCUACGGGGUAGAAAAGAACUUUUGUAAAGUUAAGAUUCAUCGGGAGACGAGCGUUAUGAAUUUUUAAACGAAAAUCACUCUUCGUUGCAACUUUAUUUGUCCAUGUGCUCAGAAGUCUUGUCACUAAAAUCUCAUGCUCGCGGCUCCGGAGAAUUGGCGCGUCCUCCAACUGCCUCGUCUACGUAGUGAAGAGUUACGGAAACGUUUGAGCGUAAACGGGGCUGCAGAGAGACCGUUGGAUAAUCGUUGAUUUCACGCGAGACGAUAAGUAGCGCAAAUAUUUUGUGCACUCGAGUAAAACGAUUUUAAAAAAAGCGUAAUAAAAUAACACUGAAUUACAAGAACCCGACGACGAUUAUGCGUAUCGAAAUAUUGUUCAUUCAACGAGGUUGUGACCAAGAAACAACAAUGGGAUCAGCUUAGAAUGCAGUUUAUAACUAACUAACUUUAUUACUUGAUAACACAACACACACACACACACACGCACACACAACACAACACACACACACACACACACACAUACACACACACACACACACACACACACACACGCAAAACGAAUAAAUAAUUAAACGAAAGGAAAAUAAUUCAUUUUAAAUAAGGAUAAAACGUAGGUACGCAGUGCGCGAGUUUUUUAAUAGAAGGAGGAGGGUCGUGGAUUUUUAUUGUCAAUCAAAACGAGGCACGAAAAAUUAUGCAUUUUUCCAUUUACGUAAGAAGAUUAAUUCUUUGGGUUCUGCUAGUUAAAAAAAUGUAGAAUCACUGGAAAACAAAAGCAAAAACGAACACCUUGGACGUGUCAGUUCCCAGGCGAGAACAGUGUCCUGCUUUACCGAAGGCAAUUUCGAACUUGGCGAUGUUCCUCGCUUUUUUAUUCCAAUCGAGGAUAAAAUAUCACGAAAACUUUCGUGUUUUUCUUCUCAACUAAGAAGCGUGAUGCAAUGAACAAUCCAUUGAAAAUAAAAAGGAAGAAACCGCGAUAAAUAUCACACGGCUGCGUGCCACGAACAAUUGUAUAAACAUAAACAUAAAAAAGAAAACAUCGUUGAAGAAACGAUGCUAAAUUCGAAACGAAAGUUUAAAGAAUCAUUGGAAAUAAGGAAUGGAAAAUUGAUUAAAAAGUCUAAAUACACUAGACACUUUGACGAGAGACAAUUCAAUUAUUUACAAUUAAUUGCAGGGGAAGUGACACCUCCUUAAAAAAAAACAAAAUUAUAUAUAUAUAUACAUAUAUAUAUAAGCCCAAAUGUAUGUAAGUAAUUUUUAGAGUCUUUGAGUAAAAAAAGGAAAAGCAGCAAGGCAUAAAAUAGUUGAUAGCGUUUUAUUAAAUGUUGUGAAAAAGUC